CCUGCUAAUAACUAAUUUCAUCUCCCAGCCGCGAGAUGUCGAAUCGCAACGUGAAGAAGGCGCUGACGCUGACACGCGUGAAGGAUCUGAGCCCGACGCUGAGCGGUAAAGAGGUGAAUGUGAAGGUGAUUGCGCUGGAGUGCAAUGCCAAGGACGAGGGCAACGCCAGCAACAACGCCACACUGUUGGUGGGGGACGAUUCUGGCUGUGUGAGCCUAGUGCUUCCCAAAACAACGGCGCUGCACGUUCGGCUAGGCGACAUCCUGCAGCUGACUACCACUCAGGUAGUGCUUAAGAGCAGUCGGAUUUAUUUAUGGGGCGGCAAGGUGGAGCGCGUGGGCGAGUUCCUGCUGCUUUUCAAGGAGAGUAACAACGUGAGCAACAUCACUUGGGUCAAGGACCCCAAGAACCCCGAAGUAUUGAUCCCGGGACGCAACCCCGCCAAGAGGCCAAAGCCACAGCCUGCUAAGUGAGUUUGUGUGCUUAGGUCAUGUGAAUUAAUCGGCAUUUUUAAGUACAACAGGUUUAGUCGGUAUCCUUGCUUUCGCUACUUCCUUGAGGGUAGAGCGAGACAACUAAAGAACGGGCUCGUCCUGGGGCCGAGCUUGGAGUUGGUGCGUUCUGCUUAGGAGCCUGGUUGGUAUGAACUGGAUUACUGGUUCCUUGCAAAUAUUGGGGGAGUCGUUGCUCUGGACGAACAACCAAGCCGAUUUCAGGCUUUCGUGCCAACGGGUCUUCUCUCCGCUGUCGAUGCUCAACCUGUUCAAUCCACGUCGAAGCCCGCGCCUUGCGGAACGAGAAUUUCGUGACGGAUGGUAUUUCAGAUGUAUACUUCCAUUUACCCGCACUGUCCAUCGAUCGUGAGUCAGGCCGCCCGCCCCAGUGCGCAAGUCGAUUAGGAGGAGGAAAAUCCUGAAAGUUACAACAAACUGAAUACUCUAGCACAAUAGAAAAUCUGAAGAUGCAAACGCUUACGCC